GAACUUCACACGCAUCUUUGAUUAAAAAUAAAAAAGAAACAUAUGAUUUGUAUACAUUUAAAAACAACACCCUACUUUGCAUCAAAUAAACAUUUAAGUACCGUGUGUAAUUUAUCUGUGAUCUAAAUUAUAAAGGUUAUAAACUUUUUUCUUAUGUUUAAAAUUAUUCGGCCUGCAUUAUUGUGAUGUUGUAAUAAUACCGGUCUCUGGAUCUUGUUAAUUACAAACAGGUUAAAUAUGAUAACUGGUACACAGUGGCUUAUAAUAUUUGGAAUUACUUCAUUAUUGAUAUCCGAAUCCAACAGUCAACAAAAGGAUAGGCGGCCGCCAAGAGAGAAAAAACCGCAGUCGGUGCAGGACCUCCUCAAUACGACUUCGUGUAUACCACCGCCUUACCGAUGUCCGCAUCCGAAGAUGCAGUUUUAUUUAUACACAAGGACUACGCAAGAGAAAGGUGAGCUCCUCAACACACUGGACAGCGAUUCCCUGACCUACUCCAAAUUCAACCCGAUUCAUCCGACGAAGAUCGUAGUGCACGGAUUUGGUGGGGGAAGAAAUCUUUCUCCUAGCACAGAUAUGAGAAAUGCAUAUUUCAAGAAAGGGAAUUAUAACAUUAUCAUUGUGGAUUAUGGUAGCCUGGUUAAGGAACCUUGUCUCAGUCAGAUCGAAUGGGCUCCUCGUUUCGCAGGCUUGUGUAUAGCUCAGUUGGUGGAUUACCUGCGCCGUCACCCGAUCAAGCCCGUGGCACCGGAGUACCUCCACACCAUCGGGUACAGUGUGGGCGCACACAUACUCGGCCUCGUCGCAAACAAUAUCAGGGACGCAAAAUUAGGGAGAAUCACGGGUCUCGAUCCUACGAUUCUAUUCUAUAUGGGCAACAAUCGAUCUCGGGACCUGGACUACACUGAUGCGCUGUUCGUGGACGUCCUCCACACGGGUGCGGGCAUACUGGGCCAGUGGGGACCCAACGGCCACGCCGACUUCUACGUCAACGGGGGCUCCAGCCAACCGGGAUGCGCGCAUGAUACCAUAUUUCAAACUCUAUCGUGUGACCAUACAAAGGUGACCCCAUACUUUAUAGAGUCGAUCAAUAGCAGAGAAGGUUUCUGGGCAGGACCCUGUCCAAGCCUAUUCUCUUACUUAAUAGGCUGGUGCGAACCCAAGGACUCCGAAUAUGUUCAGAUGGGAGAGCAUGUCACUCGCAAGGCAAGAGGCGUGUAUUACGUAACGACAAACGCAAAGCCACCAUACGCGAGAGGGUUUCCCGGCAAAUCUAGACGGUUGCGUUCAAUAUCACCCUAUAGUUGAUUGAUUGAUGUCUGAGGUUUAGAACUCACGGCGCAAUUUUCUCCCGCAAAUCACGUGGAUUGUCAAUUGUAGGUAAAUCAUAAAAGCAAAGCUCACGGCGCGAUUUGCGCCCGCAGAGCGCGCGAGAAGCGAUCACCCGCAGACGUGGCGGGGCUGACCCGCACAAUGCAAUUUUUAUACGGGUGACCAAAAGGCGCGUUCAGUACCCUUAGGAAGGAAACUUGACCAGCAGCGCCACAAUGGACGCAACGAGAACUAAAAAUCAGUACACAUUUGACAAUGACAUUUCGCACUCGCAAACGAUUCGAAUUCGAUAUUGGUUCAUGCUAAGGGUACUGAAUCCAAUGUCUGCAGGAUCUUAGUCGCGGCGGCUGCGGUCUCGUGAGAUUUGAAAUAAAACAGCUUUGCUGCUGCCACGGCGGGCGCGGCAUAAAAUCGCGUCGUGAGUUCCAAGCCUUAAUGAUUGUUAUAAGUAGUGUAUUAUUUAAUUACGAAAUUUCUUAAGCCUCCGAAUUAAAUUAUCAAUCCUAAAAAACUUUGAUAUACGCUGUUAGGUCUCAAAACCGUCGCAGCUUUACCGUGUCAACGUGCCAGUCGAGAAGUUAUACAAAAGAGAAGUUUCUGAGCGAUGAGCAUCUUCAAUCUCAGAAUAAUAAUUAUUAUUAUUCUGAAAUUUUAAAUGUUUGUGGGGGUUAAGCUAUUCUUAUCUUAAUUUUAGGUAUUAUAUUGAGACAGAAACUUGUUCCAAUUUUUGAUGAAAGUUAUUAUAGUGAAGUUUUGGUAAAUACUUUUGAAAGGAAGUUUGUUACCCUUAAAAUAGUGGAAAAAGUAAACAUUUAUUGUUACCACAUAUAUAUCUAUAUAUACUAUAACACUAUCAUAUAUAUAUAUAUAUAUUUCUGUUGAAGAGAUUUCUCUAACAUUAGUUACCAUUAUUAAAAUGUGAGUUAGUAAUAAGCUUUAUUAACAUUAAUUGGAAGGUGAUUUAUUUUAAUUUAUUAUAAUUUAUGAAAAUGUGUGAUAUUCAUUUGUAAAUUAGCAUAGUCAAUACUUUUACUGCCAAGUAGUUUUUUUAUUGUAACGUGUAGAUAGGUAACUGGUAGAAAUUGCUUUAAACUAAAAGUUAUUGUUUUACAUCUAACAGAACGUUUUUACAACGAUCAAAUUUGAUAUAGAUAAUAUAAGCUACUGCGUACUAUUAUCAGGUAUACGUAUUACGUUGUGUUAAAUGUUAGGUAAGGUACCUACCACUUAAUAAAAUAAUAAUUUAAACCGAA